AUGCUUCAUGAAGAAAGUGCUGAGGAAUAUGAGAAGCAAGAGGGAAGGCUAGCUAUGGACAACGUCACAGCAGUGUUUGAGUUUUUCCUCAUUGGCAUCUCUAAUUAUCCUGAGUGGAGAGGCACAUUUUUCACAUUUAUACUAAUAGUUUACCUCAGCACGAUGUUGGGGAAUGGAUUUAUCAUCUUUCUUAUCCACUUUGAUCCUCACCUCCAUACUCCAAUGUACUUCUUCCUUAGUAACCUGUCUUUCUUAGACCUUUGUUAUGGAACAGCCUCCAUGCCUCAGGCCUUAGUGCAUUGUUUCUCUACUCAUCCCUACCUCUCUUAUUCCCGAUGUUUGACCCAAAUGAGUGUCUCCUUGACCUUGGCCACAGCUGAGUGCCUCCUGCUGGCUGUCAUGGCCUAUGACCGAGUGGUUGCUAUCAGCAAUCCCCUGCGCUAUUCCGUGGUCAUGAAUGGCCCAGUGUGUGUAUGGUUGGCUGCUACAUCAUGGGGAACAUCAAUUUUGCUCUCUGUCAUACUUGUCUCAUCCCUAAGACUUCAAUUCUGUGGGGCUAAUGUCAUCAACCAUUUCGUCUGUGAGAUUCUCUCCCUCAUUAGGCUGGCCUGUUCUGAUACCAGCCUCAAUGAGCUUAUGAUCUUCACCACUGGUAUCUUCACCCUACUUCUACCCUUUGGGUUUGUUCUCCUCUCUUAUGUCCGAAUUGUUGCUGCUGUCCUAAGGAUUCGCUCAGCUCAAGGUAGGCUUAAGGCCUUUUCUACUUGUGGUUCUCACCUGACCGUGGUGACAAUCUUCUAUGGGGCAGCAAUCUCCAUGUAUAUAAAGCCUAAGUCCAAGUCUUCUCCCAACCAAGACAAGUUUAUCUCAGUGUUUUAUGGAGCCUUAACACCCAUGCUGAACCCCCUGAUAUAUAGCCUGAGGAACAAGGAUGUUAAGGGGGCAAUAAGAAAAUUUAUGGUAAAAAGGGCAUAA